AUGCUUCGUUCGUUGAUGCAGUGCAUUGCUGCACUCGGCUUGCUGCAGGUGGCAUCUUUUGUCUCUGGCGCUGCAAUCUCUGCUCCCGUUGAGGGCCUAGUCUCGAAACGUGCCAGCGGCUCAGCGAAUGGGGUCUAUUUCGUUAACUGGGGUAUUUAUGGCCGCAAUUACCAACCUGCCGACUUGCCCGCUUCGGACAUCACCCAUGUUUUCUAUGCAUUCCUGAACCUCCGCGCCGAUGGAACCGUCUACUCUGGCGACACCUACGCCGAUCUUGAAAAGCACUACCCCAAUGACUCUUGGAAUGACGUUGGCAAUAAUGCAUAUGGAUGCGUGAAGCAGAUGUUCCUUCUCAAGAAGCAGAACCGGAACCUCAAGAUCAUGCUCUCCAUCGGCGGGUGGACCUGGUCGACCAAUUUCCCUGCUGCCGCCAGUUCUGCCGCGACCCGAAAGACCUUCGCCACGUCUGCAGUCACGUUCAUGAAGGACUGGGGCUUCGACGGCAUCGACGUUGACUGGGAGUACCCCGCCGACGAUACGCAGGCUGCCAAUUUCGUCCUGCUGCUCAAGGCCGUCCGUGAUGAACUAGAUGCCUACUCGGCCAAGUACGCCAACGGAUAUCACUUUCAGCUCUCGAUUGCUGCGCCUGCUGGCCCGGAUAACUAUAAGAAGCUUCAUCUCGCCGAUAUGGGCAAGGUCCUUGAUUACGUUAACCUUAUGGCCUACGACUUUGCCGGCAGCUGGAGCAACUAUAGCGGCCACGACGCCAAUCUCUAUCAGAACCCGCAGAACCCAAACGCGACACCAUUCGACGCUAACCUUGCCGUCACGGACUAUAUCAAGGGUGGCAUUCCGGCGAAUAAGAUGGUCCUCGGCAUGCCCAUUUACGGCCGUUCCUUCCAAAAGACCACGGGCAUUGGGAAGCCAUACACGGGUGUCGGAAGUGGCUCCUGGGAAAACGGGCUAUGGGACUAUAAAGUUCUUCCCAAGGCAGGGGCUAAGCUCAUGUAUGACGACGUCGCCAAGGGCUACUAUACCUACGACUCGUCGACCCAGGAGCUCAUUUCCUACGACCCGCCGGACAUGAUCAAGACCAAGGUGACGUACCUCAAGGGCCUUGGCCUCGGCGGCAGCAUGUUCUGGGAAGCGUCCUCGGAUAAGAAGGGCGCAGACUCUCUCAUCAAGGCCAGCAAGUCUUCACUGGGCCAAAUUGACUCGACGCAAAACUGCCUGACCUAUCCAAACUCACAGUACGACAACAUCAAGAAGGGCCUCCAGUAG